UUACUGUAAAUAAAAUACAAAGAUAUAAAAUAUGAAUUUUUUAUCAAUGGACUACCGAGAAAUAAUUAUUAUAGUAAUUACUAGUGUAAUUUCGUCAAGCUCGCAACGCUGUUCGUUUGAUUACCGACCACUUGUAUUAAAUCUUAAUAAUGAGUACCAAACAUCCGGUAUAAUAUUUACGUCAUCAAAAAAUUAUUCAUCUUUUGAAUGGUCAACGUUUGUCUGUAACAUGGUAAAAAAUUUAUCAAACGAAGGAAUACUAUCGGGAGUUAUAGAAUUUGAUGAAUUAAAAGAAAAAAUAGAAUUUUAUCAAACACGUAUAAUACGUCCAUUGGUUGUAUAUAUUAUUGAUGAAAUACAAGAUGUUAUAAUGUUUGAAGAACUAUCGAAAACAAUAGAUAUGAAUUAUCCUAUUUGGUUGUUAAUAUUCACCGGAUCAUCAAUGAGUGAUUCAACAUGUGAUUACUGUCAAAAUAUACAAAAUAAUAAAUUAUCGUUGACCUUCAGCUCGGAGAUGAUCGUUUGGUGUUGUUGUAAUCCGAAAUAUCUAUAUGAAUGGUGGUCGAAUGAUGGCUAUAAUUUUUCAAGAGGACAUUAUGCUAAUUGGACAUAUGAAACAGGAUUACAACGUAUUAAUAAUAAUUCAUUGUAUGCCAUUCGUAGCUCUGUUGAUGCGCCACUUCGUAUUGCAUAUGUUUCUAAUUCAGUUUUUUUUCAAUACAAUAAUUUAAAAAUGGGCGGAUUUAUGGGCGAUAUACUUGAGGAAUUAACAACAACAUUAAACAUUAUACCGCUAAUGAUGAGUAAAAAUAUUUUUGGUACAUGGAAUGAUGAAGAUAAAAUAUGGACAGGUAUGGUGGGAACAUUGUGGCGUCAUGAAGCUGAUUUAGGUGUCGGUGAAGUAACAAUGACAAAACAUAGACGAGAAAUAUUAGACUUUUCAUUGCCUUUGACAUUAUCACCAUGCCGUUUAUACUUUAAAGAACCAACUGCUUCAUUAAAGUGGUCUUCUUAUUUUGAGGCAUUUAGCGAUCACAUCUGGAUGAUAAUAAUGAUACUACUUAUGUUAACUCCAGUACUGUUAACAUUUAUGAAGAUACAACAGAAAAAUAAAUAUAUCACCAAUAUUGUUAUAGAAAAUUAUCUUAAUGUUUGGGGUAUCUUUUGUCAACAAGGAUUGUCAGAAUUUCCGACACGGACAUCAUUGAGAAUAGCUUAUUUUUCAAUGUUUAUUUCGGCAUUGGUCAUAUCAGCUGCUUAUUCAGCCGCACUUAUAAGCUUUCUGACAGUAUCUACUGAUAACAUGCCCUUUAAUAAUUUAGAUGAGUUUAUUGAAGAUGGAACUUAUAAAUUUCUUGUACUAAAAGAUAGUGCGGAUUAUGAUUUAUUUUCUUAUUCAAAUGACUCAACAACACAAAGUUUAAAAAAUUUAAUGGAAACUGAAGAACUAUUACCACCUUCUGUUUAUGAAGGAUUUUUUCAGGUAUGUAUACAAAAAGCUGCAUUCUAUGCAAGUGACGCUAUGAGAAUGUCAAUGAAUGAUACUUUUCCAUGUGAGAUCACGUACAUUGAAACAGGAAGAUACGAUAGUCUGGCUAUGAUAUUACCUCUUCACAGUCCUUACACUGGAAUAUUCAAUCAUCAAAUUCAUCGAUUUAGAGACAAAGGUAUACUGAACAGAUUUGUACGUAAAUAUUUUAUUAAAAGAAAUCCUAAGAUAAACGCGUAUGAUGCAGUAACAAUACGAGGUGUUGCGCCUAUUUUAGUAGUUUUUACAGGUGGCUUAACUUUCGCAAUAAUUUUACUUUUAAUUGAAAGAGUUAUUUUUUUUUAUGGCAACGACACAUCGGCAACAACACAUUCUGGUAGUGUAACGAAAAUUGAUGUGAAACCCAUUGAACAUUCUUUUACUUUCAAGGUAAAGAGACAGAAUAAUUUUAUUAAUGAUAAUACUAAGGUCAAUAAUAAAUGA